GAUGAGGAGGGUCUCAUGAAGCACUCGAGGCGCAGACAGCCCUCGACGUGUGGCCUGCUUUUGGAGAAGGGGGUUUGUCGGUCGAGGAUCCCGUGUACAGACAGCUUCCAACGUGCCCUCACUGUCGAGACAGAAAUGCCCGCCAAGUGUAAAGACAGCGGUCGACGUCAUGGAGCUCUUAUAAUUGCUUUUCCUCGCUAUCUGUUUGGAACAUUUGGGCCUUGUUUGUAGUUCUGGAUCAUUCCUUCGUUCAUUCAUUCGUUCAUUCCCUCUCUUUUUCUGCCUUUCGAGCUCGCUCGUUCGUUCAUCCGUUCGUUUAUGCGCGGGAGCGGGGCGGAGUGUCGAGCACGAGGAGCCUCUUGAUCGACGACCCAAUCCCAAUCCAAUCCCUUGUGUUGUUCUCGGGCGUGGAAAGCCAUGUUGAGCCAUGUCCACGGAGCUGUAUCUGAGCCUCGAAGAGCAUGAUUCUCAGCGAAACUGUUGUAGGAUGCACAUUCAUGAUUCGAAAAUUUCUCUCUAGCCGCUGUGGAUCAGCGUUGCCCGUCCGCUGCCGCCGCUGCUGCUGCUGCUGCACGCCCACCGCAGCUCAGGAUCGUUCGCGCUCGACCUCGUUAGAAGAUUUCUGGGAUUCUCGCAAGUUGUCCGUGAUUCUGGUCCGAAGUCGCUCGCCAUGUGGACCAAUGACUACUUAUCAGAUCAUUUUAGAGCGGUGGAAGCACUGCCAGACUUCUGGCAUAUCAUGAGGAGCAUGUUCAAUCUGACGGAUCCCGAGUACGAGAAGUGCGAGGCUCGGCUUCUGAAGGAGCUGAAGCAGGUGAACAGGAUAGAGCUCACGAUUCCGAGCGUGAAAUUCCCGAGCCGAGGAGGAUUCGGGACGCUGGGCCACGCGCUGCAGCAGGGCUGCUUCCCUCGGCUGAAAGCGCUGCAAAUUUCCGACAAUGCCUUGUCGGUGGACGAGGUGAAGGAGCUCGCCCGCGCGAUCAAGCUGGGCAACUUGUCAAACUUGCGAACCUUCAGUUUGACCAAGUGCUCCAUAAAUGCUGCAGGUGCUGAAGUGCUCGCGGAAGCGAUGGAGCGCGGAAAGCUGGCUCGGCUGCAGACCUUGGAGAUGGACGGCAACCCCAUCGGGCACCGGGGGCUCAUGGCGCUGGCCACGCUGCUGGAGUCCGGGCGCCUGCCGGCGCUCAAAUCGCUCGCGGUCUCGUUCCUGGGCGAGACGCAGCCGCACUCGCGAGUCCCGGAGCCCAUCAGCACCGACGCGGCGGACGUGUUCGGGCGAGCUCUGCAGUCCGAGCAGAUGGCGGGCCUCAAAGACCUGACGCUGCGGCACAUUGUGAAGAAGGAGCUGAUGGCAGCCGUCUCGAGGGCGCUGGAAUUGGGCAAGAACGCCAAGCUGAGGUCGUUCACGCUCAGCGACUGCGAUUUGGGAGAAGCCGAGGCGAAGGUGGUGGCCGGCGUGUUCCUGUCGCCCAACUUCUCGUCUCUGGUCUCGCUCAAUCUCGGCGACAACAAUUGGGUCGGGGACGACGGUCGGGCCGUGCGAGCUCUCAUCCAGGGCUUCAAAUCGCCGCACUUGAGGACUCUGCAGGUGCUCAACAUGCAGUCGAUGCCGAGCAGGUCGAUCGAGGACGAGCAUCUGGCCGAGAUCGCCGCGCUCCUGGAGGUCGGGCACCUCCCGGGGCUCAAGACCUUGCACGCCCGAAACGUCAGCCACUACAUUCUGGCCGUCCUGAGCCCGCCGGCCAUGAUCAGGGCGUACCAAAACAAUCCAUUCCUGGUGGCGGAGGUGAUCAUGGACUGGCCGAGCCAGGCCAUGCAAGCCACGGCCGAAGGCCUGAGGAAGUCUAAUCAGAAGCUGGGCAAGCGGCUCAAAUGGCUGAGGAUCGAGCCUCAGGUGUGCAGGAGCCAUGUCAAAGUGUUUCUGUGCGGCCACGCCAGAGUCGGCAAGACGACAUUGCGACGGGCCCUGUGUCGGACUCAGUGGGAAGCUCUGAGAACGAGCCAGAGCGACUGGAGGAACGAAGGCCCCGCGAAGGACGAUGAGGUGUCUCAGAUAGUGCAGAAGAAGCACGUCCUCAGACUGUGGGAUCCAGAGCUUCCGCAGAUCCCUUUGGCCGACGGCCCCCCGACCAUCUUCAUCAUCGUCUGCAGCGCUAACUACUACGGCAGCGCGCUGGAAAAUAAGAGCCAGGCCAAGCAGCAGCUCCUGCACUGGAUGAAUUACAUCUCCUCGACCAGCGUGGAGGGCCAUCACGAGGGCAGACGGCACGUCAUAGUGGUGCUCAACUCGUUCGAAGGCGAUCAUUCUUGUCACUCCGAGCCCGAUUGGACUAGCUUCAUAACUUUGUACAGCGAGAUCUAUGAAGACACUUUGAGAAUAUGCCACACUCCCUUCAUCCUCAAUGCCCUCUCGCGCAAGGAGGUCAUGCGCUUCAAGAAAAAGCUCUUAGAUUUCGCUCGUUUUCGAACUUGGAACUGGACCAGCCAGGCUAAUAAGUUAGACAAAGUUCCAUCCAGAGAAUCUUUGGCAACCUUGACAGGGCCCGGGAAAGAGGAGCCCGCCGAUUUUGAUUUGUGGAGACCGAUGACACCUUGAGUCCGCCGGAUUCAACUUCUCAUAUUUGCUGGAAUGAUGGUGAGACUGCUGGUUUCGAGAAAAGCGCGGAUCCAGAAAAGCUAGUUCUGUCGUCGCGCUUGAAUCCACGGCAAUUCGGUUCGUGACAGUUAGUUUCCAAGCACUUGAUCUAUGAACGCGGGAGCACCGGCAGGACACGACGCCCUUAAGGAGCAUGAAAUCCUGUCUCCGACUUUCUGGUCCAGCCCGCCAGUUUCUGUGAAUGUUGUAAACUAAGAUCCUCUGCUCUGGUCGUCAGAAGAAGAAUAGAACAAUCGCUGGAUUACUGCACGGGAUGCAGCAUCCACAACGAAUGCAAAGUUUGCUCAUCUCAGCUGCAUUUUCUCAUAGGACUCCAACUCCAAGUAUACAACUACACAACUUAAGUACACUCUUAAAGGUUUUUGUCAUAGUCUGAGACACUUGUCUCGAGCUCAGUGGGACGAGUUUGAGAACGGUGUGGCCUGUUCUUCGAUUCAGAACGGUGUGAACUGUAUACUAGGUACACAAUUGAAACUAAAUUCUGAAAACUUAUCACAGAGUUCUACACUUAGCAAUUAGCAAUUAGCUUAUGUAAAGUACCAUUCUAUCAGGCUAGUUAGCACUAAAACAAGCCCAAUGACCCUCAGAUGCAAAGUAAUGCCUUCAUUUGUUUUUUCUGAGUUCCAGUAUGCCCGAAGGGUUUUGUGUAAUGUCUUUAGCAAACUAUAUAUGCG